AUGAACUACGAAAAAGGAUCAUACAGAGAUUUUGUCCGAUCUCGAUGUCAAACCAACCCUUGCGUCACUGGAUUAGCCGACUAUUUGAGAUGUGGGCCUGGAGCUGCCAGUACCAUCGUUACUCUCGACUACUCCCGGGACGGACAAUCGGUACCGAAUCCUCUAACGGUAUCCGAGGUUGAUCUGGCCAGGCUGAUGGGUGCCACCUCUACAACCGCUGCCCGGAUUGUGCUCGUUGAAAACAUUCAACCCCAUCUGGUCAGUUUUCUCGGCGAGAUUUUGGAUGUGGAUCCAAUCUUCUUUGCCGGCCACGUCACCACCGACUUCAAAGACAUCGAAAAAGCACCACCUCCCCCUUCACUUGCGUUAUUUCCAUCCCAGAUUGCUGAGAAUGGCUAUCUCCAUCUCCACUAUCAGCAGGUAUUGGACCUGGGAAGCGCAGACGUGUUCACAUCUUCGUACAGUCUGAAAUCGGACUCCAACGUUCCUCGAAAUGUUAGACGCCUACCGCAUCUAUCAGGCCGACAGCUUGCUUUGGCUCGAGCGUGCUGUUCUAUUCUAGUGAAAAAGAUCAAAAGCAUAUGGAUUUGUAAGUCUUGCUCAGAUAUUCGGUGCAUCUUGACGGCAUCUCUAACAAUAGUAGGCCUAAUCCUGGUGGAUCCCCCUGUAAAUAUGGUUCUUGAGACGUUGAGGUUAGGCGGCCGAAAGUCAUAUCCAAGUAUGAUGUUGCAUGGAGGAUUCGAGGAAUUUGAGCAACCGACGUCUUUCGCGUCUUUCGGAUCUACCACGAGCGAUCGUUUACCAGAUAAGAAGUCGAUGCUCAGCAACCUGCUCCGCUACUUCCGCCACCAACCACCUGGGUUCAUGAUAGCCGAGCCUAGCAUCUUGAGCCUUGGCUACUACCCGAUACGCAUGGUCUUAGCUGAGUGGAUUCUUUACACGCUCCUGACGAGUCGUUACUUGAAAUAUUAUGAAUAUACUCUGCACGACAUCGAGAAUCGACUGCACGAUAGCGAUAUUAUCGACCUUCAACGUUGGCGGCGGCGGAGCAUGCAAAGCCGACACAAACUAACUCUUCUCUCUGAGUUCAUCGAUUAUUGGUUACAACAGGAAUCCAACAAGCAGCCGUGGGAUUUUAUACUGAAAGAUAUCAAGCAUGUAUCGUCACAGCUAGAGCAUUACAGCCGCUCGCUCGAGCUUACGGUCCCAGUAGCAACAUCGAUGGUACAGCUGCUCGACUCGCGGCGGUCGAUACAAGAGGCUGCCAACAUUAGCCGGCUCACUUUUAUUGCGCUGGUGUUUGUGCCGCUGUCUUGGGUCGCCAGCCUUUUCAGCAUGUCAGAAGAUUACUCUCCAGGACACAAGAGCUUUUGGGUAUAUUUUGCUACUGCACUGCCAGUUGUGAUUCUAGUCUUGCUCUUAUCAACUCUGCAAGGGGAUCGACUGAAGGAAAAAUUGGACAGGAUUUGGGUAGUUUUACGACGGUAA